AAUUGCCAGAAUACAAAUCCGGGGUCCUUUAGGCAGAUCGUAUAGCGCUGGAUCCGAGAGCUGUCACUUGGUUACGGAUUCAUUCAUUGUUCUUGGUUUCUCCUGCAGCGGAUUUUUUAGGAUUCUAUCGUCAUGUUUGAGGAGGCCAGCGAGGUGUUUGACAACAUGUUAAAAUCGUCCUUUCCGCUGACGAUUAUCGUGUUUUUGCCUGCAGUGUUGAUCCUGGUGUCUCCGCUCCCAGCUGAAGCGGCGCAUGAGUUCACAGUGUACCGCAUGCAGCAGUAUGACCUACAGGGACAGAACUACGGAUCAAGGAAUGCGAUUUUGAACACUGAAGCGCGUACGGUGGAGGCAGAGGUGCUAAGCCGUCGCUGUGUGAUGAUGCGACUAGCUGAUUUCUCCUACGAGAAAUACCAGAAGGCUCUCCGACAGUCUGCUGGGGCUGUCGUCAUCAUCCUCCCCAAAAACAUGUCCACAAUGCCUCAGGACAUUGUGCAACAGUUCAUGGAGCUGGAGCCGGAACUGAUGGCCACAGAGACCAUUGUUCCUGUUUACUUUGCUCUGGAGGAUGAUGAGCUAUUGUCUAUUUACACCCAGACGCAGGUGUCCUCUGCCUCACAGGGCUCCUCCUCCGCAGCUGAAGUGCUGCUACACUCUGCCACUGCAAAUGGAUUCCAGAUGGUGACGAGUGGAGCUCAGAGUAAAGCUGUGAGUGACUGGGCCAUCACUAGCCUUGAGGGUAAAUUAGCAGGAGCUGGAGGAGAUGAUCUGCCCACCAUCGUUUUUGUGGCUCACUAUGACUCUUUUGGCGUGGCUCCGUGGUUGUCAUACGGCGCCGACUCCAACGGCAGUGGUGUGGCUGUGCUCCUGGAGCUGGCUCGACUCUUCUCUAGACUCUACUCUCACAAACGGACUCAUGCUGGGUAUAACCUGCUGUUUUUCCUGUCUGGAGGAGGGAAAUUUAACUAUCAGGGCACUAAACGGUGGUUAGAGGAUAAUUUAGACCACACAGAGUCCAGUCUAUUGCAGGAUAACGUGGCGUUCGUCUUGUGUUUGGACACGCUGGGGAAUGGGGACAAUCUUUACCUACAUGUGUCUAAACCUCCUAAAGAAGGCACACCUCAGCACGCUGUACUCCGAGAGCUGCAAACGGUUAUAUCUCAGCAGUACCCGGAGCUGAAGUUUUCCAUGGUUCAUAAGAAGAUCAACCUGGCUGAUGACAGCCUGGCGUGGGAGCACGAGCGCUUCGGGAUCCGCCGACUUCCUGCCUUCACGCUCUCGCAUCUGGAGAGCCACCGCAGCUCCACGCGCAACUCUAUCAUGGACUUAAGGACUCAUGUGGACCUGACGAAGCUCAGAAGGAACACUAAACUGAUUGCAGAGUCUUUAGCACGAGUCAUUUAUAACCUGACUGAGAAGGGCACUAAUGGAGAUCUGGAGAUCUUCACAGAGCAGAUGCAGGUGCAGGAGGAUCAGCUACUCUCUCUGGUUGACUGGUUAAGCACUCAGCCACGAGCUGCCCAACUGGUGGAUAAAGACGGCAGUGUGGUCAGUACCCUGGAGUAUUACCUCAGCCGCUACCUCAAAGACGUCAAGAGGCAUUUCAUCAAAGCCGACAAGCGGGAUCCUGAGUUUGUCUUCUACGAUCAGCUUAAACAGACGAUGAAUGCAUACAGAGUAAAACCAGCCAUUUUUGACCUUCUGCUGGCAUUGUGCAUCGCUGCAUAUCUCGGCAUCGUGUACUUGGCUGUCCAGCAUUUUGGUAUUUUGUACAGUGUCCUUCGGCGGGUCACAGCAUCCCGAGUCAAGCAGCAUUAACACCGCUCUCUUCAUCCCUGCAAUAUGAGAGACUCCUGCAGUCCCACAAUGGAGCCAAGAGUGUGAUUGUUUUUUUUCCUCUCUGACAUGUUUCUUUUCUUCUCUUUUUCUUGGGAAAUGAAUCAUGUUUCUUGUCACGUUUCAAGUGUUUGCAUUUGCCUGCUUGUCCUCGUCAGUUCAGGGACAGCUUUUUUUUUUUAAUUAAUACAAAAGAUUCUCUCUUACACUGCCUCACUCUCCUUUGCCUCAGUCUGAAGCUAGUGAGAUCUCUGCCAAGCAACAGUGUCGUCGUCUUCUCAGGCAGCUAAAGUCAAAAUGGGCCAAAUUGCAGCUGAAGCUAGACUGAGAAAGCUGGUCAGUUUGGAAAGUGUGCAGAUGUGACUCAUGUCAGUCCAGAUUUUUUUUUUAGCAUUAGUUAGUACAGAUUAAUAGAUAUGUUCCUCCUCACACAUCCUGAUUUUGCUGAGUGACGAGCUCCACCCUUAUUGACCAAGGGACACGUAGGUUCAAUUUAAUCAAGGAAAAAUGCAAACUUGGUCAUGGGAUUGUUUUUCUUUCAACCACAACUGUCAAACAUUUACGGCGAUUCUCUUUUUACAUUAGUUCCACAUGCACCUUCUACAUGUUUAGUUUUCAGUACAUCAGUUUUACAUGUUUAAACAAAAAUCCAAAAUAGCCGCCUUGAAUAGUUUAGUUAAAAGUAAUUGUUGUUUUUCCUUUCACUAGUAGACAGUUUGUAUGUACAACACUAAUAUCAUUAAAAAAAACAAGUUGGUUAAUAUACUUUCUAAAAUACUAAAAAAAAAAAGUCAGAAAAACAACUGAGUUGUGGUCACAUGGAUGGUUUUAUAGAUGUUCUCUAGCAACCAGUGUAAUGUAAGAAUGAUGGUUUAUAGUGCACACAAACAAAAGUGGCUUGGAUUAAUCUAGACAACUCUCUAAGAUAAUGUUUUGUAAAUAUGUGUGAUGAAGCUUCUGCAAAUUGCUGGUUUGAUUUAAUCUAGGCUCUGCCCUUGUUAACUGUCACUCAGCAAAAUUAUCCAUCCGUCUUGUAGGGUAAAACCAGAAUAUUAAGUUGUGUGAUAUUAAAGAACCAGAGUAUUAAUUUCUUCAUUAAUAACUUCCAUCAAAUUUCUGACAUUCACCUCUUUGGAUAGCCAUAACAGUCUGCUGAACGACACAAACACGAAAUAUACCUCGUCCUUCCUUUCCUUUUUUCUACUCCUUGCCGGAGACACUCUUUCACAUCCUUCAGUGAGAGCGGGACACUAUUUCCCCCUGCUUCAGGUCUUUCUGCUGUUAUUUAUGGAAGCAGAUGAAGCUUCACCUUGCACUGAUUUUACACGGUUUCCUUUGUUUUGCUGGCUGUGUGAGAACCUGUGUACAAAAACUUGGAUUCUUGCAGCAAAAUAAAAAUAAAGAUUGAAGACAGGUCGAGGAAUAAAGGGUUUUGUUCAAAUA